AUGUCCAUGGUGUCCUCCCAGAUCAGCACCGACACCGUCUCCUCCAUGUCCGGCUCCUACAUCGCCCCUGGCAUGGAAGAGGACGGGGAGGCUCUCCCCUGCCCCCGGGCCGCCAGCAGGACGCCCUCAGAAGAAGGAGACGUGACGCCAGCGGCGUCUCCAGACUGCAACUUUGCGGGCCUCGUCGCCACCGCCGAAGAGCAGGAUGCAGAGGACUUCUCCUUUCUCAACGCCGAGGUCCCCGCCCUGCCUUCGGCGGACACCGACCCCCACGGCUACCACGAGCUGUCAGGCUCGGCCGAGCCGGGGUCUCCCCUGGCGGCGGACCAGCCGCACACACCCGGCAAGCCCACGUCCUUGUGCACGCCGCGGAGCGCCAUCUACAAGUGGAUCACGGACAGUUUCUGUUACUUCCGCCACGCUGAUCCCACCUGGCAGAACUCCAUCCGCCACAACCUGUCCCUGAAGAAGGGCUUCAUCAAGAUGCCCCGGGAGAAGGACGAGCCAGGCAAGGGGGGCUUCUGGCGCAUCGACCCCCAGUACGCCGAGCGGCUGCUGAGUGGGGCCUUGAAGAAGCGGCGGCUGCCCCCAGUCCACAUCCACCCGGCCUUUGCCCGCCAGGCCGCGCCAGAGCCCAGCGCCGCCCCAUGGGCCGGGCCACUGACCGUGAGCACCGAGGCCCAGCAGCUGCUGCGGGAGUUCGAGGAGGCCACUGGGGAGGCGGGCUGGGGUGCAGGCGAGGGCAGGCUGGGGCGUAAGCGUCAACAGCCGCUGCCCAAGCAGGAGGCCAAGGUCCCGCGGCCCUCCAGCCCCCUGCUGCUGACCCCGGAGGAGCAGGGUGAGCUGGAACCCCUCAAGGGCAACUUUGACUGGGAGGCCAUCUUGGACGCUGGCACGCUGGACGGGGAGCUGGGCACGCUGGAGACCUCGGAGCUGAUCCCGCCGCUGAGCCCUGCCUCCCACGGGGACGUGGACCUCACCAUCCAUGGCCACCACAUCGACUGCCCUGUUACCUGGGGGCCUCCAGUGGAGCAGGCUACCGACAGCCUGGACUUCGAUGAGACCUUCCUGGCCACAUCCUUCCUGGAGCACCCCUGGGACGAGAGCACCCGUAGCUCCCUGCCCCCCGAGCCCCUCUUUGAGGCCGGGGAUGCCACACUGGCCUCUGACCUGCAUGACUGGGCC